GGGGCCUGGCGGCGCUGAUGUUCGCGGACCUGGUGCAGACCUUCAUCAUCGUCCUGGGGGCCUCCGUGCUGGCGGGAUACGGGGGCCUGGCGGCGCUGAUGUUCGCGGACCUGGUGCAGACCUUCAUCAUCGUCCUGGGGGCCUCCGUGCUGGCGGGAUACGCGCUGGGGGCCGUGGGGGGCUACGAGGGGCUGGUGGAGCGCUACCCCCUGGCCCUGCCCCCCAACGUGACGGGGCCCUGCGGGAGGCCCCGCCCCGACGCCUUCCACCUCCUCCGCCAUCCCAGUACGGGCGACCUGCCCUGGCCCGGCCUCGUACUGGGACUGGGCAUCAUCUCCGCCUGGUACUGGUGCACCGACCAG